ACCAGAUCAAAUAUAGAACCAGUUAAAAAUAGCAGAGACCUCACCGGCGAUGACCUCAGCACAAACACCACAGAAGAAGAACAGCAGACUGGAUCAGGUCUCCCAGUGACCGCAGCACAAACACCACAGAAGAAGAACAGCAGACUGGAUCAGGUCUCCCAGUGACCGCAGCACAAACACCACAGAAGAAGAACCAGAGGUUACAGAGACGUCUGAGGGGCCGACGUCGACCUGAGCAGCCGACGGAGCAGGAAGUUCUUCUAAACACGGAGAAACCAGACCAGGAGGAGACUAAUCACUUCAUAAAUGUAAUGAAGGAUAUGAACAUUUCUGCAUUUGUAGACGGUAGAAAGUACCGGGAUAGAAGAUUUACAAGAAGGUGAACCAUGAGAUCCAGAAGCUGCACCGUGGACGGUCCAGACGAGGGACACAUCCAGCCCAUGAGAGGACGGAUCAAGGACGAGGAGAAGAUGAGAGGACGGAUCAAAGACGAGGAGACGAGAGGACGGAUCAAGGAGGAGGAGGAGAAGACGCCGGAGACGGCAAAGAGGAGGACCAAGGUCCAACGGGAGGAGAAGGACCGGAGGACGACACCUGGGACACCUGGAACACCUGGGACACCUGGAACACCUGGGAAUCCUGGGACACCUGGGAAACCUGGGACACCUGGGAAUCCUGGGACACCUGGGAAUCCUGGGAAACCUCGACAGAGCCAGAAGAAUCAAACCCUCCAACUGUCCCGGACCGACCUGAUCCAGCUGCUGGGAAUCAUGGAGGGAGAAGUCCAGGCCAGGGAGGACUUCAUCGGGAUGCUGAAGACAAAGAGAACCGGUCCGGAGUUUCUGGAGGCCCAGUACGGCUCGGCGGCCCCCCUGAGCCCCCUGCAGGCCCUGCAGAGAGACACCCAGCUGGUGGGGGGGGGCCGGACCGACGACGUCUACCAGACGCCCAUGGCCGAGCUGGACCGGCUGGAGGACCAGCAGAAGGAGACGUACCGCCGGAUGCUGGAUCAGCUGCUGCUAGCGGAGAAGUGCCACCGCCGCACCGUCACCCAGCUGGACACCGAGAAACGCAAACACGCCGACUUCAUGAGCAAGAGCGACGACUUCACCAACCUGCUGGAGCAGGACCGGGAGAGGCUGAAGCGGCUGCUGGAGCAGGAGAAAGCCUGCCAGGCUCUGAAGGACAAAGACAACCACAACAAGCAGGAGAAGCUCCAGGCCGAGCUGGCCAAGCUAAAGUCGUUCGCCCUGAUGUUGGUGGACGAGCGGCAGCUGCAGGUGGAGCAGAUCGACCUGCAGGGCCAGAAGAUCCGGGACCUCAAUACGAAGCUGCAGGAGAGAGAGCAGCGGCUAGCCGCCGCCGGCGACACCGCCAACCAAAACGACCAGAAGGUCCUGAAGCUGGAGGCCGAUCUGGAGCUGCAGCGAGCAAAGUUCACCCAGGAACACGAGGAGACCACGUCCCAGCUGGCCGCUCGAGAGAAUCAGAACCGGCAGCUGCAGCUGAAGGUGGAGGAACUGGUCCAGCGGACGGAGGAGCUGCAGGAGAGCAAGAACCUGCUGCAGAAGUCGGAGGAGGAGCUGCAGGAGAUCCGGGAGAAGAUCAGCCGAGGGGAGUGCGGGAGUUCUUCCCUCAUGACCGAGCUGGAGAAUCUGAGGAAGAAAGUCCUGGAGAUGGAGGGGAAGGACGAGGAGAUCACCAAGAUGGAGGCUCAGUGCCGCGAGCUGACGAGGAGGCUGACGGAGAAGGAGAAACACGGCCAGGAGCUCAGGAUGGAGCUGGACAAGCUCCAGAAGAAGAUGUCCGACCUGGAGAAGCUGGAGGGAGUUUUCAACAAGAGCAAAACCGAGUCCAACCAGCUUCACGCAAACCUGGAAAAAGAGAGGUGUCAUCUGAGGGAUCUGGCCGGCGAGCUGGAGCGGGUGAAGAACCGGCUGAAGGAGCUGGAGUCGUCGGAGUCGAAGCUCCAGAAGGUGGAAACGUUCCUCAAAGAAGAUCUGAUGAAGUUCAAAUCGCUGGCCGUUCUACUGGUGGACGAGAGGAAAAACACGGCGGAGCGGCUGAAGCGGGAAGAAGAGAAAAGCCACAACGCCAGUAAGAUGCUGAAGGCGGAGCAGGGAAAGGUGACGGAGGUUACCGAGAAGUUGAUCGAGGAGAGCAAGAAACUCCUCAAGCUCAAGUCGGAGAUGGAGACGCAAGUGAUGAGUCUGGCCAAAGAGAAGGAGGAGUUGAGGAAUAAGUUUGCCAAGGAAGAAGAGAAAUGUAGACAGCUGAAUAGCAAAGUUAAAGGAAUGAAAGUGAGGAUGGACGGACUGGAGGACAAAAGCAGGAAUCCGGACGAAGACGACAAAGUGAAGGAGCUCACGGUGGAAAUCGAGAGGCUGAAGGGUCGACUGAAGCGGCUGGAGGUGGUGGAGGGCGACCUGAUGAAGAGCGAGGACGAGUACGAGCUGCUGGAGAGGAAGUUCCGGACGGAGCGGGACAAAGCCGACGCGCUGACGGCGCUGGUGGACGAGCUGAAGAGCCAGAUCGGCCGGAACAAAGGUGGAGACGCCAAGAGUCUGGAGGCCGAACUUCGCCUUCGCUGCAGGAACGAGGAGGAAAAGAGCCGCGAACUCCGCGAACUCCGGAACGCCGAAGUCCGGGCCCUGAAGGAGAAGAUCCACGAGCUGCUGAACACGGAGGAGACGCUGUCGCAGCUCCGGACCGACUUCUGCGUCCUCCGGCAGAGCUUCCUGGCCGAGCAGGAGGCCAAGGACCGCCUGGGGAGCCAGGUGGAGAAGCUGAGCGCGGAGCUGGAGGCGACGAAGCUGUACGGCCGAGCGUUCCGGCCCAGCGCCAGCGGCAGGAGGUUGGUGGACGUCCCGGUGACGUCCACGGCCGUCCAGACGGACCUGCCGACCAACGACAACGACAACGACAACGACACGGCGGCCGGGUUCAUCCGGAAAUCCGUCCUGGAGGAAAACAAACUGAUGAGCAACCUGAGGCAGCAGAAGCUGAGGAAGCCCACGGUUCUGGACCGGUAUCCUCCCGCCUCAGCCGAGCUACGCAACGCUAGGUGCUCUGUUCCCUGGAUGAAGAAGAAGGAGGCCGUCGCCCUCACGGGGACCGGAGCGUCCUCGUCGCCGGCGCCGCUGGGACGGCCGCUGCGUAUCCGAGUGACGCCGGAUCACAACAGCAGCACCGCCACGUUGGAGAUCACCAACCCUCGGGCCGACGACUUCUUCUCCAGCACCACCAUCAUCCCGACGCUCGGCCUGCAGAAACCGCACAUCACCAUCGUCCCCAACGGCCCGACGCUGACCCCAAAGAGCAAGGACGGAGGUCUGAACGGAGGUCUGAACGGAGGUCUGAGCCGAACCAGGUCUCCGGUGACGAUCACCGCCGUCUCCAAGGCAAAGAGUCCGGACAGGAACGGCCUUCGGUCGCCGGUGUCGCCGGUGUCCGUCAUCACGGUCAGCGCCGUCCCGAUAGCAGAGACGUGCAGCCCGUGCGAGCCCCGCGACGCUCCCGCGCAGCACACGCUCAUCAAGCUAGCCCCCGAGAGGGAACCGGAACCCGCCAGGAACUACAGCAGCAACAUCGUCACCACUGAGGACAACAAGAUCCACAUCCACCUGGGCCCCAAGAGGCCGCCCGAGGCCGGAAACGACGGUCCCAACGGUCCCAACGGUCCCGGGUCCAGGUUCAGAGCAGCCGAGUCCGGCUCAGACACCGCGACGGUUCUCCGUUGCCCUCGGCAACCGUCGUCGGCCAGAACGACUCCGACCAAGAUGAAGAGCAGCAUCACCAUCACCCCGAGCAGCGCUGCAGCGCCGCGGCCCUCGCAGCCGCCGCUCGGCCCCGACGCGCCGCCGCCGGCCUGGAGCGCCGGCGCUACGCUAAUCCCCGUGGCGACGGGCGUGACGGCCAACGGGAAGGCGGUCCUGGACGUUUCCACGGUGACGGCCAACGGGAAGGCGGUCCUGGACGUUUCCACGGUGACGGCCAACGGGAAGGCGGUCCUGGACGUUUCCACGGUGACGGCCAACGGGAAGGCGGUCCUGGACGUUUCCACGGUGACGGCCAACGGGAAGGCGGUCCUGGACGUUUCCACGGUGACGCGGCUGGAGUCGCGGUCGGCCGAGGGCGGGGCCGUGAGGAUCGAGCUCAGGAAGUCCACGGUUUCCAUGACGACGGCGGGGGGGAAGGGCUGACCCGUCGCCACGGCGACCGCCGGUCCGAAGGUCGAGAGGAAACAGGGAGGUCGUGUGAUGUGGACUUUCAGAUUCCGGGUUUCUGUUUCCUGCUGAUCCGUGCAGACGUGUAGCUCACCGCUAACGGCUAACUCACCGCUAACGGCUAGCUCACCGCUAACGGCUAACUCUCUGACAACAACCUUCACUUGUGACACAAUAAAAACCGUUUAUCUCCAGUGUGACACGUGUUUUCUUCAAGUUUUUGGGUGUUUUUCUGCAUUGUUUAUUUACGUGUUUCUGCGU